AUGCCACCGAGGUCGUUUCAUCCGCUUGCUCGCAUUUGUCGGCUUGGUCGCUCGCUAUCACCAUCUGCCACUCGUCAGCCGGCGUGUUCGUCUUCGAUCUCCGCUGCCUCGUUCGCGAUCUGUGCCUUCCGACCUCGAUCACACGGUUACCACUCCUCCUCAGCGCCCACCGCCUUGACACAUGGACCAUCACUCGAUCCUUCGACCAUUUCCUCCCCCGGAUACGGUCAACCUCUCCCCUCGACGCAUCCGCACCUCUUGGCCGAGGGGGAACUGACACCGGGCAUCAGCGCACACGAAUACGAGCUACGACGGCGCACACUCAUGGACGGCCUCGACUCGGGGAGCAUCGUCGUCAUCGCUGGGGCUAGGUUGAAGUAUGCCACGGCCAAGAUAUUGUGCGUACUUCCCUCUUUAAACGCGGUACGCCGCACGCCUCAGCUGACCCUCUGGCCCCGCCACCUCGCCGAUUCUGAAUUACACACAGCUACAAGUUUAGACAAGAAUCCAAUUUUUGGUGGGGCCCCUUCAUUCGGCUUGAGAAGUAACGGUUUGGCUGUCUUGCUGACUCGUAUGUGGAAUGACGCUCUCAGGUACCUGACGGGGUGGGAAGAACCUGAUUCGUUUCUGGUGCUCGGUUCGUUGCUUGUCACUCGUCUCGAUAAAGGUGGUCGGAAGACUGAUAUCGGAACCUCGAUUCUCCUCCAGUCAAAGAUUCGAGUUUGAGAGGAUACAAGAUGUUCAUGUUCGUGCCCCCCAAGGACGCCAACGACGAAGCGUGGAACGGCCCGAGGUCAGGUCGAGAGGGCGCCUGCCAAGUUUUCGGCGCCGACGAGGCCCACGACAUCGCGCUUCUCUCGACCCAUCUCAAAGCUAUCCUCAACUCGCCGUCUUCUUCCUCGUCUUCGAAUGGGUCGAUAUACGUCGAUCUGCCGGGUGAACCCACACCAUCGCGGCAUCGAUCCUUGAUCCCGUCCAAGACGAAGAGUCUGUUCGAAUACCUCGUUCCGAAAGCGAAUGCGUUGGAUGAGACGAGCGAAGUUCUCGAACUGCUGAGUGGAAGUGGGAGGACGGUCAAGUCGGCGAAUGCGCAGGUUGAAAGGUUGAGAUUGAUCAAGAGCGAGGCCGAGAUCAAGGUUAUGACCAAAGCAGCGCAAAUCUCGGCUCGAGCGCAUGCCAAAGUAAGUUCCCAGCCCGAGCAACGUAAAGCUGCUUUCCUUGCUGACGUUGGAACGUUGGACAGGCCAUGAGGUUCUGCGAACCUACAUCUGCUUCUCCCGAUGCGAUCGACGAAUCCUCCAUCGUCGCUCACUUCGAAUACUACUGCGCAUUAAAAGGCUCACCACGACCAGCCUACGUCCCCGUCUGCGCUUCGGGCCCAUCGGGUCUCACAAUCCACUACACAUCAAACCGACUCCCCCUCCUUCCGAAUCACGUCGUCAACCUAGAUGCGGGCUGUGAAUACGCCGGCUACGCAUCGGACAUUACCCGCACAUUCCCCGUUUCCGGAACGUUCACAACCCCUCAGAAACAUCUCUACGAAGUCGUCCUUCGCGUCCAAACGGAGUGCAUCAAACUCUGUACAGCCGAGAAGGGGAUGACUUUGGAGGAACUGCAUCGCAGGAGCGUGGACAUCAUGAGGGUUGAAUUGACGGAUUUAGGCUUCCAUUUGAGAGGGGGCGAUUUGGAGAGGACGCUGUACCCGCAUUUCUUGACGCAUCCGAUUGGAAUCGAUUUGCAUGAUACGCCGGGGUUUAGUCGAGGAGAGAGGUAAGCUUUUUCCGUUUUUUUUUAUUUUUUUUAUUUUUUUAUUAAGGUUCUGUCACUGAUGUCGAUCUGGUUCGGCCCUGAACAGCAUCCAAGCGGGGAUGGUCAUUGUGAGUUCGAUGACGCUCGAACCCGAUGCUUGGAGGGGAAGCUUACUGACGUGCAACCCAUGACUCACCAGACGAUCGAACCCGGCAUCUUCGUCCCACCGCACACCUCCUUCCCCGUCGGAUUCCACAAUACUUCCGUCCGCGUCGAAGACGAGAUCUUGGUUCGGGAGCGGGAUCAAGUCGUUCUCAGCGUCGAUGCGCCAAAGGAGGUCAUCGAUAUCGAGAAGACUUGUCAGGGGUACUUUGAUGGACUUCCAGGGCAGUAG